UGUUACGUUUUACUGUACGGCUGUUAUCCUGAAUUGUUUUGGUCCAGGCCAUGUGAGAGAAAGAAAUUGCGUUUAUAAUGGAAAAUAUUCAAGUAGAAGAGAAAAGAAAACAUAAAAAGCCUGCCCCAAAAAGAUACUUUACUGAAUCCAGGGACGACCAUGACAAAAAGCAGGAAGGAUUGAACCAGCAGAAGCAUGGACAAGGUAGACAGCAUAGUAAAUACAGAGACAGGAGAUCAGAAUUCAAGAAAAAUAAGAGGAAGACAAAUGAUAACAUUAACAAGAAGGAAGGGUAUAAACUUGGACAGUACCAGAACCUGGAUGGGACACAAGAGAAGCAACAAAUGUACACUGUAGACUUCAACAGAACUGAACACACUCACAAGUGGCUCAAGGCAAAAGACAAGUUUCAGAGUAAACUGAAGGACAAGGCAGAGAAGAAUGGAAAAUUUGGAAAAGAUAAAAAAUUUGGAAAGGACAAAAAAUUUGGAAAAGGCAAAACAUUUGGAAAGGACAAAAAAUUUGGAAAAGACAAAAUAUUUGGAAAAGACAAAAAAUUUGGAAAAGACAAACUAUUUGGAAAGGACAAAAAAAUUGGAAAGGACGAAACAACUGGAAAAGACAAGCAAUCUGAAAAGGACAAAGAGUUUGGUGAGAAUAAACUGAAAAGGGAUCCAUACCCAGGGGAUAAGCCUAUACCUAAAGCACAGAUACAGAAGUAUGAACGUGGAGAGGCCAUGAAAUCUCAAAAAAUGCGUUCCGAGUUUGCCACAGAUAUGACAAAGAAAAAAGAGAAAAUGCUCAAACUGGCAGCUAAAGAGACAGCUAGGACAGAAUUUCUGAUGCAGGAAAAUCAGGGAUUUUUGGAAGUUGAAGAAGAUGAAGAAACAACAAACAUAACUCAACAUGAUUUAGCAGAGGCUGUCGAUAUCACUAGUGCACAAAAGUAUUUUGAGCUGAAGUUGACAGAUUUUGGACCAUACAGGAUCAACUACACACGCAAUGGCAGGUUUCUCUUGUUUGGAGGGGCUAAAGGUCAUGUUGCAGCCAUUGAUUGGAUGACAAAGAAGUUACUCUGUGAAAUAAAUGUUAUGGAGUCAGUACAUGAUGUUAGAUGGCUUCAUCAGGAAACAAUGUAUGCUGUAGCUCAGAAACAGUGGACAUAUAUCUACGACAAUCAGGGCAUUGAGCUUCACUGCCUGAAGGUCCUGGACAGCGUACUGAGGAUGGAAUUUCUACCUUACCACUUCCUGCUAGCAACUGCAAAUGCAAAAGGUUAUUUAUCAUAUGUUGAUGUAUCUGUUGGAGAGAAAGUAGCUGGUUAUGGUACAGGGAUGGGACGAUUAGAUGUAAUGUGUCAAAAUCCUGCUAAUGCUAUAGUAGCUCUUGGUCAUUCUGGAGGAACGGUAACUCAGUGGUGUCCCAAGUUGAAAGAACCUGUGGUUAAGAUGCUGUGUCAUAAUUCAGGGGUACGGUCAGUCACGGUGGACAAAUCAGGAAUGUACAUGGCAACUUCUGGAAUAGACAGAACGUUAAAGGUAUGGGAUCUUCGGACAUAUAAAAUGUUACAGUCUUAUAAGGUUGCAGCAGGGGCUGGACAACUUGCCUUUAGUCAGAGAGGACUUCUGGCAUCCUGUAUGGGAAAUAUUGUACAGGUAUAUAAAGAUUGUUGCAGACAUACAGUAACCAGUCCAUAUUUAGUCCAUGACGUACAUGCAUCGGUACACAGUCUACAGUUCUGUCCAUAUGAAGAUGUUCUAGGUGUUGGACAUGCUGAUGGAUUCAGUAGUCUAAUUAUUCCAGGUGCUGGUGAACCAAACUUUGAUGCUCUGGAGACAAAUCCUUACCAGACUAAGAAACAGAGACAAGAAACAGAGGUCAAAAUGUUGUUAGAUAAGAUUCCAGCAGACAUGAUCCACAUUGACUCCAAUAUAAUCUCACAGGUAGACAAGGAAACUCUCCAAGAUAAAAUAGAAAGACACAAUAAGAUCAGGCCCUAUGCCGAGCCUCUAAAGAUGGAGUAUGAACCAAAAUACAAGAAGAAGGGUCGAUCGAAAGGUGCAAAAUUAGUACAGAGAAAAAAAGGUGUUAUAGAGGAACAUAAAAGACAACAAUUUAAACAAUCUGUCAAGCAGAAACAAAGAGCUAGACAGAAAAUUAUGAAUAAAAACAGAAACUUACCCAGUGGAAAUGUUCUGGACAGAUUUAAGAGAAAAAACACCUCAUAGUGUUAACUUGUUGUUUUCUUCAUGUAAGCGAAAUGUUUGUGCAUCACAAUAGAAAAUUGAAAAAUUUUCAUGUGUAGUUCUAACCAGAAAUUGACAUGAGAAAAAAGUGUUUAAUGCAAACUAUUCCCAAGCCACCAUUAAACAUGAAAAUUGUGUGGAAUAAACAUGUUCUUGUUAUGCUUUAAGCUGGGCUUAUUGCAUAUCAUUUCAUAUUAAUAGUGAAUUAUAAAAAAUUGUAUUUUCUGGGAAUAAAGAUAGUAGAAAGAUGUGAAUGAAGUACAAUGAUUCUUUUCUUCAAAGGUGCCAGAACUGAACAGACUGGAACUAGAUUUGGAAUCCAGAUCAGUUUUUUUUUUUAUAUUCUGCUUGAAAUGCAAGAUAUUCCAAAUUUGUGAAGGUUUUGUGGUUUAAACACUGUGUUCCAUUUAACUGCCAUUCAUUUACAGUUUUAUUUUGACAUUCUUUUUUAGCUCACCUGAGCACAAACUGCUGGAGUUGAGCUAUUGUGAUUACCAUAUUGUUUUUCUGUUCACACUCUUAGAGGUCACAAUUUUGUCCUAACCCGUCGCUUUGCUCAAUAGGGAGAGCGCAGAUCUAAAGAUCGCAGUGUUGUGAGUUUCAUCCCCAGGCAGGGUGUAUGUUCUCUGAUGAUUUGAUAAAAGACAUUGUGUCUUACAUCAUUCGUCCUCCACCCCUGAUUCAUGUGGGGAAGUUGGCAGUUACUUGCGGAGAAUAGGUUUGUACUGGUACAGAAUCAAGGAUCACUGGUUAGGUGAACUGCCCUUCGUUAAUGACUGAAGUACUGUUGAAAAAAUAGCGUUAAACCCACAACAGUUAUGUCCUAAUAACAAUAAAACCUGGCUUUUUGAAAGCUCAAAUCUGGGUCAUUUAGGUGAAAGAAAGAGGUUGCCAAGUCAAAGAAAAUACCUUGUUAACUCUCUGAGGCCACAUUUUGUAGUUGAUUUACAUGGAAUCAGGGGGGAAAAAAUUGUCGAGAAAUCAAGGGCAAGUUUUUCAAGAGUGAGUGAUCUGUGGUCAAAAAUGUUUUUCAUUAUCCAAACAUGCAUAUUUCGGAAAUAAUAAAUUUCCAAAAUGACCAUAUACAGUUUGUAGUACAUGUAAGUCAGCUGUUCAAAUGAGGCCCCUGACGGAAAAUGACGUUAGAUGUCUUCUGACAUUACCAAGGCAUCCCCAGUAUAAAGUUUUAUUUCAAUUACAAUAUAAUAUUGGAAGCAUAACAUUAUAAAAAUCCUCGUCAAGUAACAUUAUUUGAAGAAUUAUAAUUUAAUCCACAAUGUACAAGUAGCUCGGUAUAGAUAUCUCACAGAGAGUUAUAUGUUCAGCAAAAUGGAUUAUAUCUCGAUGAUAUAACACAGAAUUUCAUCAAUUAGUAAAUGUUUAUUUGUUCAUUUAAACAAAAAAAAUACCUUUGUGUACUUUGCUGUUGAAACCAUAGAAAGUUGUUUUGAAAUAAACUGUUACAGGAAAGCUA